CUCGCGUCCUCAGGAUAAAUAUCCAAGUCGGCUCCUUGUUGAGUGCAUCUACCAUCCGCUUCAUACUUGUCGCAUUUGCUGCUCACAUCUUGGAAACUCUGCCUUCCAUCGCUCAUCUCGUUCUGUGACCUUUGAGACAACAUGGGAUUCGGCGGCGCCGCGCUCAAACUCGUCCAGACGAUUCUAUACGCCAUAGCAUUUUGCUGCUCGGCCAUAAUCCUUGGUUUUUACUCGUACUUCCUUGCAGUUCAGUCCGAUCGCAAUGUUCAUAUUCCCCAGUGGCAGAAGGCUGUUGAGGGUAUGUCCGGCAUAGGAGUUGUGUACACAAUCUUCGCUGUGGUCCUCACAUGCUGCCUUGGCGGAGUUGCAUUCUUCGCAUUCCUCGCGAUCGUGUUGGAUGUGCUUCUCUGCGCUGCUUUCAUCGCUAUCGCUGUGCUCCUUCGCGAUGGAGCCGAUAAGUGUUCUGGAACCGUCCACACUCCUCUCGGAACCGGGCCUGCCAACACGAAAGGUUCCUUCGGCCAAAACGGCUUUGGUACUGGUAGCGGCGAGAAUGUGACAUACGCAGUUAGUCUUCAUACUGCGUGUAUUUACAACAAGGCUUGCUUCGCCGUCGCCAUUAUCGGCGCAUUUGUCUUCGCCAUUUCUGCUUUCAUGCAGGUCUGGCUCGGUCGUCAUCACCGCAAAGAGAAGAAGUUCGGUCCAGGUCCAAACAACAACUACACUGCUGGUUCUGGUAGCCGAUGGUUCAGCCGCAAGCGCGGCCCAAAGACUACCCACGAUGCAUAUGCCAAGGAUGCUGAAGCCGCGGGUGCCCUAGGUGUUCCACCUGCUGAUAUUCGCCCGUCGCAAGAGACUGGCUACACUGGCACAACAGCCGGAAUGGCUACUGACACAUAUACCGGCAACAAGUAUGAGCCACAUCAGACCCAUGUUCCACAAGCCCAGAUUCCUACAACCGGUGGCUACCACACUGCACCUACAGGCACUGGAGUGAACCCAUACGGCUAUGAGAACAAGACUGCAGGAACCAACUUUUAAAGCAUCCACAUGUUACGACGCGACAUGAGCAGAAAUUGAGAAAAUUGAGAAAAGAACGGUAAAGGUCGUGGUGUCUAACAUUUAAUGAGAUACAAUUAGCGAGUAUCUUGUGGACAAUUGUUGAUUUGCAGGCACCUGAAAAGUGCCAACGUUCAAGUGCAUGUUUUUUAUUAGACUUAAUAACCAUAAUAAUCCUAAUAAUCCUAAUAUUCCAAUGAGUAUAAUGUUUCGUCGAGAACCAAUAGAAAUCUGUUGGCUCUUCAGAGUUGGGCUA